GGCAAAUGUUCCCCCAGCUGUUUCCUGUCUACAGUGUCUGUGUUUUGUAGAUAAAUGUGAGGAUUUUCUCUAAAUCCCUCUUCUGUUUGCUAAAUCUCACUGUCACUGCUAAAUUCAGAGCAGAUAGAGCCUGCGCAAUGGAAUAAAGUCCUCAAAAUUGAAAUGUGACAUUGCUCUCAACAUCUCCCAUCUCUCUGGAUUUCAUUCUGCUUCAUUAUUCCUGCUAACCAAUUCAUUUCCAGACUUUGUACUUCAGAAGCAAUGGGGAAAAUCAGCAGUCUUCCAACCCAAUUAUUUAAGUGCUGCUUUUGUGAUUUCUUGAAGGUAAAGAUGCACAUCACAUCCUCCUCGCAUCUCCUCUACCUGGCCCUGUGCUUACUCACCUUCACCAGCUCCGCCGCAGCUGGACCCGAGACGCUGUGCGGGGCUGAGCUGGUGGAUGCUCUUCAGUUCGUGUGUGGAGACAGGGGCUUUUAUUUCAACAAGCCCACAGGGUAUGGCUCCAGCAGUCGGAGGGCACCUCAGACGGGCAUCGUGGACGAGUGCUGCUUCCGGAGCUGUGAUCUGAGGAGGCUGGAGAUGUAUUGUGCACCCCUCAAGCCUGCCAAGUCAGCCCGUUCUGUCCGUGCCCAGCGCCACACCGAUAUGCCCAAGACUCAGAAGGAAGUACAUUUGAAGAACGCAAGUAGAGGGAGUGCAGGAAACAAGAACUACAGAAUGUAGGAAGACCUCCUUGAGGAGUGAAGAGUGACAUGCCACCGCAGGAUCCUUUGUUCUGCAUAAGUUACCUGUUGACCAUUGGAACCACCUACCAAAAAAGAAGUUUGAUAACAUUUAAAAGAUGGGCAUUCCCCCCAAUGAAAUAUACAAGUAAACAUUCCAAUAUUGUCUUUAGGAGUGAUUAUUAAAGCUUUGCACCUUGCAAAAAUGGUCCUGGAGUUGGUAGAUUGCUGUUGAUCCUUUAUUAAUAAUGUUCUAUAGGAAAAAUAUAUAUAUAUAUAUAUAUAUCUUAGUCCCUGACUCUCAAGAGCCACAAAUGCAUGGGUGUUGUAUAGAUCCAGUUGCACUAAAUUCCUCUCUGAAUCUUGGCUGCUGGAGCCAUUCAUUCAGCAGUCUUGUCUAAGUGGUUUAUGAAUUGUUUCCUUAUUUGCACUUCUUUCUACACAACACAGGCUGUUUGUUUUAUAGUGUCUGAUAAUCUUGUUUGUCUAUCCCCACCACCUCUCCUCAUAACCUUUAUAUUUGCCGAAUUUGGCCUCCUCAAAGCAGCAGCAAAUAGUUAAGUAGUACACCAAUUUUUAACCCACAAGAUUCCAUCUGUGGCAUUUGUACCAAAUAUAAGUUGGAUGCAUUUAUUUUAGACACAAAGCUUUAUUUUUCCACAUCAUGCUUACGAAAAUAAUGCAAAUAAUUGCAACUUUGAGGCCAAUCAUUUUUAGGUAUAUGUUUUAAACAUAGAAAGUCUCUUAAACUCUAAAUGAUUCCCUCGAAUAAUGACUUAACGUGCAACCUGAUUAGUAACUUUUCUCUUUUUAUUUUUUCCAUAUAGAGCACUAUGUAAAUUUAGCAUAUCAAUAAUACAGGAUAUAUCAAACAGUAUGUAAAACUCUGUUUUUUAGUAUAAUGGUGCUAUUUUGUAGUUUGUUAUAUGAAAGAGUCUGGCCAAAACGGUAAAAGGUGAAAGCAAAACAAAAGAAAGUCUGGAGCCAAAGACGAGACAAAACAGAAGAGUACUAAAAAAUCCAUCUAUUGGGGAAAGAAGGUAGAGUCCCCCCAAUUAUACCUUCUAAGAGGAACUUGAGACACAAAAGUCCACUGAUUCAAAUUUGAUUGGCGAGUCCAGAGAGGAAGCCACGGAAUGGGAAGAGCAGAAGGCUAGGAAUUUUAACAGUCCUGGUUUCUUUUUUUCACUGAAGGAACAAACAUCUGCCAGCUCUGCCAUGGACUCACCACUGUGUGACCUUGGGCAAGUCACUUCACCUCUCUGUGCCUCAGUUUCCUCAUCUGCAAAAUGGGGGCAAUAUAUCAUCUGCCUACCUCAAAGGGGUGGUAUGAGGAUUAAAAAGACAAAGCUUCAGAUUUUUUACCCUGGGUUGCUAUAAGGGUACAACAUCAGAGCCCUUGCAUUGCUGGGAUGGAAUUCUAUAAACAACCCAUUCACAGCAUAACUACAGAUUGGUUAAACAAAUGUUCCUGACAUCUGAAUUCUUGUCAGUGAAGAUAUCCAAUUAAAAUGUCCAACUAACUAGUUGUUAAAAGCUCAAUCUCUUUUAAAUCACUUUUCAAAAUAAGUUAGAAAUAUUUGGUUUACAAUUUAAUUUUAAAUUCUGCAUUUGGAUUUAUGAAUAUAAAGACAAAUGAAAAAGAAAGGAAAAGAAAAAAUGGGAAAAACAAAAAGAUUGCUCUAUGAGUGAAAGGGGAAUUAAUUAUUCCAUUUGUUAGCACUCACUGACUCUUCCAGGCAGUUUGCUAUCUAUCUAAUAAUACUUCUUUUAAUAUUAUAAAUGAUACUCUAUUCAUUAUGAAAAAUACAUUCAUUCUGUCUUUCUAGGAAAUAUAAGAAAAAUGAUUCAAGAUUUUAAAUAUUGAAAUAAUAUCUCAUAAAAAGUCAUAAAGUUACUUUCUUUAAGGAACUUUAUUCUUAUUCUUAACUGUACAUAAAUAUACAUAUUUCUUUUAUUUUUGCUAAAAUAUGCUUGAAUAGAGUUGCUAAUUGAGUGGCAAAAAUUUCCUUCACAACUAGAAAUUUCCCCCAUAUCUCCUUGGAAGGGUAGUGCAUAGCUCUCUAUAGAUGUGUCUUAUCCAUUCAACUGAAAAUUGGUAUCAAGAAAAUCCAAGGGUGAGGACAGGCCCAUUGUAGCCUAGAAAAUGGUCUCUGUAUGUGGAUCAAGAUUUUAUUAGAACAAUGAAUCAUCCAGCAUUCAGAUGUUUUUAUCCAUCUUAGAAUUUUAUGAUAAAAAGUACCCCAACUUGAUUAUUUCAUGCAAAUUUUAUUCUUUAUAUUCUUGGAAAGUGUAUAUGAAGAACAAAAAUAAUAUCUUCCGUUUUCUACCCAUUGGAUCACCUCAAGGUUCAGAGGCUAGAAGAUAAAACAAACAAAAAGACUUUUGGAUUUUUGAAUGUAUACAAAAAGAAGGCCCUAUUUAGUGGAGCACUCCUGUUCAGUCAAUAAGCAUUUAAACUCUCAGUCCAGAGUUAUUUGGAUUUAGCACCUAGAGUCACCUGAGCAGUGUUCUUAUCACUGGGGACAGAUGAAAAAGAAACUACAUGGCAUUUUUGCCCUCUGCCUGUUUUCCAGACACAUGGGUCCUGUGAAAUGAUAUACUGGAUCCCUCUUCCCAAAAUGGCACUUCUGAUUUUUAUUUUUUGUUCCCAGUAUCUAUCUUUUAAAAUGACUGACACUCAGAAAAACUUUAUAGGCAGUCUCCUGCAGACUUAUAGGUAUUCUGACACAGUUGGACAUGGUAAUUCAAAGAGUGCCUAUGAUUUAUUUUAUUCAUUUAAUCCUAUUCAUACUCAAAAACCUCCCAAUAAGGAAAGCUUAAAUAUGCGAUGCCAUGUUAUCUUUUUAAACUUUUUCCAACACACAAUGCUAAAUCCUUUACAACUGGUUAUAAAUCAACUAAUUAAAAAUGACUAAUUAUACUAACCCACUAUUCUAUUUUUAAAUGAUUUAAAGCCAGAAGACAAAUUGAUAACUCUGAAAAUCAGUUGAUGGUUAUAUAUUACAGCAGAAUGAUCCAAGAUUGAUAGAGCACCUAAAGUUUCACAGCUCAAACUGUAUAGCCUUUGCUUUAGAAUUAUAUUGCUUUAGAAUUAUAAAAUGAAACAAUUUCAAGAUGUUUAGAAAAGAACUGUAAAUAUUGGUAAAAAUGAGCUUUCAACGUAUAAGCUUAUAUUCAAUUUAAUUGACAAUACCCAAUAACUAGUCAAAUUUUUGUUCCCACUUUCCCAAAUAGAAUAAAAUAUUAUUUGAACAUUUUAAGUUGAAGAGGCUCCACUGAAAAGGUUAAUGCAUCUCUUCAUUGGAAUCCACUCUUCUAGGGAUAAGAAAAUCUCUCUCUCUUUCACACACACACACAUACACACACACACAUACACACACAUAUACACAUUCACACUCAUCCUAAGAAUCCAGUGGAAUACUGAGAAGAAAUCACUUCCUUGAAAAUAUUAAAAAUAAAAAACAAAAAUGCCUGGCCUCCCUUGGGAAUUCUUCCCCUUCCUGGAAUGUCAAUGUUUAUAUAGAUGAAACCGUCUCAUGUACUGUGGCUCCAGGGUUUCUGUUACUAGUUUAUACUCUUGGGAGAAGGCUUAGAAUGAAAGAUGUAGCAAUUUUGCUUUCCCAUUUAUUGUUUGGCCAGCUAUGCCAAUGUGGUGCUAUUGUUUCUUUAAGAAAGUACUUGACUAAAAAAAGAAAAAAAGAAAAAAAAGAAAGUAUAGACAUAUUUUUUUAAAGUAUGAAAACAACAAUUCUAUAGAUAGAUGGCUUAAUAAAAUAGCAUUAGGUCUAGCCACCACCACCUUUCAACUUUUUAUCACUCACAAGUAGCAUACUGUUCGCCAAAUUGUGAAUUUGGGGGUGCAGGGGCAGGAGAUGGAAAUUCUUAAAAGUUAGAAGGCUCUGGUAUUUUGCUGGCUCUCAAACUUAGCAAAAUUAGUAUUAUCCAAUCUGAACACCUUGAUCAAGAGCAUGGAAUAUAAAUGGAAAAAGAAAAAGACCUUAUAGGAAAAUGGCAGAACUAAAAAGAUGAGUAAGUUACUUAUUGAUUUUUGUGCUCUCUGCUGUAGAACAGAUAUUCAGCAAGGGGAGAAAAUAAAAACAAAAAGAGAAAAAAUAUAUAUAUUUACAUCAUAAAAAUCGCUUCUGCCACAUUCCCCUUGGAUAUUUUUUUGGCAUUUACUGGUUUGUAGAAGAUAUUCUCCCUUCACCCAAACAUCUCAAAGAGCAGUAGCUCUUAUAAAAAGCAAUCGCUGAUCUCACUGGGAAAUGUUGGGAACUAUUUCCUUAUGAGAUGAGGGUUAUCUACUGAUAAAGAAAAGAAUUUAUGAGAAAUUGUUGAAAGAGAUGGCUAACAAUCUGUGAAGAUUUUUUAUUCGCUGUUUUUGUUAUGUUCUUGGUUUUUUUUUUUUCUUUACACAGUCUUAAUGAACAUCUUAAUGUUCAAAAAUAUGACUUGGUCCUUUUCUUCUUUUUUUAUAUUGGAAUGAGGAAUGAUUAAGUUAAACCCACAUAGACUCUUUAAAACUAUAGGCUAGAUAGAAUUGUAUGUUUUACUUGUUGAAGCUAUAAUCAGACUAUUUUAAAUGGUUUGCUAUUUUUAAUCUUAAAAGAUUGUACUAAUUUAUUAGAGCAGAACCUAUUUGGCUCUCCUCAUAAAAAAGAACAUUCCCAUUCAAAUCAUGUGGGGUUUCCAUCAAUGUUUUCAAAAUAUAAAUCUAAUUCGAGUUAUGGCAUCAUUUAUUAUAAAAUAGAAAAAUUGUGAGUCUUUAUGCCCCUCCCGCAAAGAUCAGAAAGUCCCAAAUCUGAGGGACAACAAUGAAAGGAAAAUGUUGUUGAUUCUCUGUUUUUGUUUUUUAUUUUUUUCAAUGCUAGUGUUUAAUCUUGUAGUACAUAUUUGCUUAUUGCUAUUUUAAUAUUCUAUAAGACUUUCCUGUUAGGUGUUAGAAACUGAUACAUAAAUAUAAUUUUUGUGUAAUUUCUAUUUUAAAAAAGGAAGACAAGAAAACUGAAACUUUAGGUGCAUAAGGUACAGGAUAAAGAUAUCGAUUUAAACAACCAAGCCCUAUCUGGAACAGUGCUUUUGUUUCUGAAGGAAACCUCUCACAGAUAAGACAGAGGCCCAGAGGAUUUGCGAAAUUGUCUUUAUUCCUUCCAGUCCUUAUUAUUUUAGUAUUUGCCUCAGAAUUUUAUAGAGGGCUAACCAAGCUGAAACACUAGAAUUAAAAGAACCUCUUUAAAAACAUACAUUUGCCAUAUUCCCUCUUAAUGUAUGAUUACAUUGAUCUUAAACAUGGUCCUUCUCUCUCCCCAUUUUUCAAUUGUGAUUGAUACAGUCUUUCAAGAAAAAAAAAAAACACCUUUUUUUGUUGAAAACAAAAAAAAAAGAGAGAGAGAACACAAAAGUCCAAAUGUUACUGCCCAUCUGAAAUAUGAGCUAAAAUAGAAAUAGAGUUCUCCCACUUAAUAACUCCGGCUGAAUCACCUGUCACUUUCAAAAUGACCUUUCACAAUCCUUCGAAUCUGCCUUUUUUUUAAUUGCCCAGGCUUAAAAGUAAACAUUACUCAUCUUCUUUUGCCCAAAAUGCACUGAUGCAAGGUAGGAAAAAUGAAAACAGAAUUCUAAAAUCCCUUUCAAGCCACCAUUGACCCCUCUUACUGACUCAUAGCAAAGUUACUCCUGUUAAUCCCUUAAUCUGAUUUUGUUUGGAUAUUUAUCUUGUACCUGCUGCUAAACACCCUGCAGGAGGGACUCUGAAACCUCAAAUUAUCUACUCAUAUCCCUUAUCUGUGUCUGUGUAUCAUUAAAAUGUCUAUUCAGAAUAUCAAAAACUUUUAAACAUCAUGCAGCUUAUAUUCAGUUUACAUAAAGACCCCAAAUAUCAUGUCAGAUCUCCUUUUGCUAAGAGAGUUAAUGAACUAUAAGAAUUGGGAUUACAUCAUGUAUUUUGCCUCAUGUAUUUUUAUCACACUUAUAGGCCAAGUGUGAUAAGCAAACUUAUAGACACUGAAUUAAUUUUCCCUGCUAUUUUGAAACCAGAGAAUAAUGAUUGGUCAUUCAUUAUAUCUGUCUUAGUUGAAAAGCAUAUUUUUAUUAAAUUAAUUCUAAUUGUAUUUGAAAUUAUUAUUCAAUUCACUUAUGGCAGAGGAAUAUCAAUCCUAAUGACUUCUAAAAAUGUAACUAACUGAAUCAUUAUCUUACAUUUACUGUUUAAUAAGCAUAUUUUGAAAAUGUAUGGCUAGAGUGUCAUAAUAAAAUGGUAUAUCUUUCUUUAGUAAUUACA